CAGAGACGGCUGUGCCGCUCGUCUAUCGGGGGUCUGGAAUGGCCGGAAUGGAGAGAGGGUCCUGUGGUGCCCUGGCAGGGACGGGAUGAGGUCCUAGGUCCUUAAUUAGACUCUCCUCCCCUCUCCCCCACCCACUGGGAUCCCUUGGAGAGUGGAAGGUGGAGGGUGUUUCCAGCGGGCCACCUUGCGUGUGACACCCCGCCUGGCGCCCGCAGGCCCGCGCUUUUCAGACUCCCGCGUUUCCCUCCGAAGGUUCUCCGCUUUAGAAAGAGGUGGCUCGGUUCUUUUUAUCCCGCGGUGCUUUCCUGAAUGUCGAAAUGCCGUAGUGUUAAGAGAUCACUGAAAUUGGAUCAUCUGUUAGAAGCAAACUCAUUUGAUUCUUCAAAAAUCACGAGGAGGAAAAGUAUUACAACUUAUUCUCCAACAACUGGAACUUGUCAAAUGAGCCCAUUUGCUUCUCCUGCAAGCUCUAAAGAACAGGAGCACAAAAAUGAACCAUCAAAUGGAAAGAGGAAAAAAUUGAGUCACCUCAAUUUAACCGAAAGGAAGGAACCUACAACAAAAGACAAUGAUGAAUUCAUGGUGUUGCUAUUUAAAGUUGAGAAAUCAUCAGAAGAAAUCAUGGAAAUAAUGCAAAACUUAAGCAGUAUACAGGCUUUGGAGGGCAGUACAGAGCUUGAAAAUCUCCUUGGUAUCUCCCGUCCAUCGUGUUUCUUACACAGAGAAAUGCAGAAAACGAAAGAACUAAUGAUAAAAGUAACAGAACAAAAGCUGUUUGAAAAGAAGAGUUCAGGACUUCCCAACAAAGAAUUAUAUCAUCUUGACAGCUAUGAAUUCCUUAAAGGCAUUUUAAACUGAGGCAUUUAGAAGAAAUGUACUUACUACGAACACCAACUUCUUCUGCAUCUGCCUGAUCGUAUUUAAAGGAACAGAAGAAAUGUUUGUAAUUAAUCUGCCCAGUAAAUACCAGAUCAUAGCACUAGGCAGGUGUGUGUCUAGAUAAAAUUUCUUGCAGCUAAUUUAAACUUUCUACACACACCAGUAGAUAAUCUCAAUGUAAAUAAUACAUUUCUUCUUGACCCUUUAAUGUAAGCCAACGAGUAGAAGAGGAUAUUAACUUCUGUUCUGUAUCACACACACUUCUGUAUACUUUUAGCAUUUGUGGAUGGAUUUAAAGCAUUUAUGAAAAUAGCACUUGGGUAAAACUAUGUUUUAAAACUCAGAUUACAUUUAAUGGUGAGUGGAAGUAGGUACCACCUUCCCAUUAAAGCCCCAAAUGCGUAUUAGAUUCUUUUUAAACUUUUAAAAUUUUUCUAGACGUUUAUUGUGUAGCCGCUAUCUCAGGAAUGAGUUUUUAUACUCUAGCUAUUUCUAUGCUUAUACAGGAAAAAUAUUCUCAAAGUUUUAAAAUUCUCACACCUUUUAUAAAAUAGUGGACUGCAUUUUUCAGUACAUAUAUAUUUUUAAAUAUGAACUUGUUCUUAAACUGAACUACACAGACUCUACUGAAUUUAAAUAAAAGACCUUUUUUAUGGGGUAUGUGAUCACCUCCAAAUUAUUUUGAAGGAUUGAUUUAAAUUUCUAUUUUUCUCAAGGGUGUUAUUUUAUAUCAUCACUGUACUAUCGCAAAAUAAAGGGGACAUGGGAAUCACAGGAUGUGUUAUAAAUUGAUAACAUGUUUUUUUAAAACCUCUAUUUUUCUUUGACCAUCUCUACAGGGAAAAAAAAUGCUAUUCCCUUGGUACUUGCCCUAAGUCUUGGCAAAAUUCAUGUAUUACUGUAUCAUGUAAAUAAAAAUACUAUAUGAAAAUCUGAAAAUUUAACUUAAGUUUGAAAAUAACUGAUUUUCCAUUUAGAGAAUCUUCAGACUUACCUCUUAAAAUGAAAAUGAGUUUUUAAAAACUAUUAAAUGACAUUGAUACUAAAUAAUAACCCAAUUAACUAUUAAACCUAAUUCCCUUCACUAAUGAUUUUAUUGGUACUAUUUAAGUAAGAUUUUAAAGAUAAUCUGUCUGCUAAAUAUUAAGAACACUUUGUGAUACAGUCCUUACAAUAGGACAUUACCUAAAUAUACCAAAAAGGGUAAUUCUUUUGUGUUCUAGCAUUGAAAACUAACCUUAGGAUAUAAGCCAAAGCAUAGAAAGAAACUUAGGAAAUAAAGGGUUAAGAAGUAGAUUGUUGCAUAUGUAAUGCAAGUUAUGUAGGUAUGUGCUUAAUGCUAUUAAGUCAGUUACUGUAUGUUUGACCUCAAUACACUAAGCUUUUGGCUUUCAGAACAGCUGGGUCUGCUAACAAUCAUUUCCCAGUUCUCUUCAUUGUAGAUCAGAUGACUCUCGCUUUAUCACCCUUGGAGACCACAUGAAGGACAAAGCAAAAAGAUCCACACACAAAACUAAUGUUUGUACGGGGGGAAGGGGGGUGCGGCAUGGAGGAAGGCGGGG